AUCUUGAACCCUCUCUACAUGAGGAGCUUGUUAUCCUCCGCCGUCACAGUUAGUUAGGAGGGGAGCUCUCGCCAGGCAGGAUAUUGGACAGAUACAAGAUGACUUCCGAUCUCCCUGACAUUGAAGAUAUGAAAGAAGUGUUCGAUUUGUUUGACUUUUGGGAUGGUCGAGAUGGACUGAUCGAUGCCGUAAAGUUGGGAGACCUACUUCGAUGUUGUGGAUUCAACCCAACAAAUGCACUCAUCUACAAAAAUGGGGGAACCAAGAGAAUGGGAGAGAAACAGUACACCAUGGAGCAGUUUUUAUCCAUUGUCCGACAAGUCGUCAAAGAAAGAGACACUGGAUCGUUCAAGGAGUUCAUGGAGGCUUUCAAAUCUUUCGACAGGGAGGGGCAAGGCUAUAUCUCCCUGGGGGAGGCGAGACACGUCCUUACAUCAAUGGGCGACCGUUUAACAGACGAGGAACUGGAAGAUAUCUUACAGAGCAUUGACCUGGAUGUUGACUACGAGGGAAACAUUAAAUAUGAGGAAUUUGUAAAGAAAGUCAUGAAGGGACCGCCAGAGGGAAAGCCCGAGUUUACAUAUUGAAAGGCGAGGGACUCUGGACAGAACGGAGAGAGUAAACGGCGCGGAUCUAUAAGGCGUGGGAUCUGCCAUCUGAAAAAUAGUUAAUAUCCUGUAUCCAUUCAUUGUAUCUGUACAAUACUUUUACACACGGUGUCUAUCAGCACUGACUUUUGUAGAUGAGAUAUUUAUGUAUCAACCAUGUAUUUAUUGAAUUUCGUAUAAAGUACAAUUGUAUGUAUAUAAUUUUUUAUAUUUUGAAUAAAAUAUCUGUAUUGUAAUGUCA